UUUUCCGCAUGACUUGAUGGUUGGCAGCGCUACAGAUUCAUGACAGAGAGUGUUAAAGAGACAGUACAAGCCUGUAGUUUACGUGCCGCUAGUAUGUUUUGGGGGAGGGGGUUGGUUUAAAUCAAAUAAUUCAACAAUGGAAGAAUAUAUGAAUAUAGUAAUUUGAAGCCGUUAGCUGUUUGUGAAUAGUGACUAUUUAGCGGUAUUUAGUAAUAUGUAGCGUUGUUUCCGCCCCACUUCCUCUUAUCACAUGACGAGAUCGAGUUGCUGAAGCGCUGAGUACCAGGGGCCCUAAGGCAUGGGGUUUAUCGUUGCACCCUGGCAAUAGAAGCCAAUUGUUCACGUUUUUAAGGCGAAUGACUGCAUAUUGGGGAUGUGUAAAUGUUUUUACUCCAGGCCACUUUUAUUGGUCUUUAUUAUUUAUUUAUUUCCGUCAGCCCUGCCUGACAGCUGAGCUUGACAGAGAGCUACUGAACCGGCUCUGACUGCAAGGCCCUUCUAAACCAGACGGGCAAAAUAACUCAUGAAAAACAAUUACAAAAAUGUGUCUGCACUACUUCCCCCUUGACGUUCUGAUGGUACAGUCCUAUAGCAAACUUCCCCUUGAAGUUCUGAUGGUACAGUCCAAUAGCAAACUGCUCCAAUAGCAAACUUCCCCUUGAAGUUCUGAUGGUACAGUCCACUAGCAAACUGCUCCAAUAGCAAACUUCCCCUUGAAGUUCUGAUGGUACAGUCCAAUAGCAAACUGCUCCAAUAGCAAACUUUCCCUUGAAGUUCUGAUGGUACAGUCCAAUAGCAAACUGCUCCAAUAGCAAACUUCCCCUUGAAGUUCUGAUGGUACAGUCCACUAGCAAACUGAUGAAAUGACUAGAUUUAAUCCAUAUUAUGUCAUUUGCAAAUAAAUCACUCCAUAGUGAAAAAGGCUGGCACAAAGAACUGGACCAUUGAAAAUACAUAUUUUAUUUAAAGAAAAAGGUCUUAUUUGCCACAGGUAUAGGAAGACAAAUAUACAGAUAUACAAAGCAGAGAAAACAGUGGACGGAACCAAACUCAGUUUUAAAAUAACACAAAAAAGAAGAGGAGAGAAUACUUUAUAAGGAAACCAAUAGGUUUGGUCCCGAUGGACAUUUUCCAGGAGGGGAUGUCAGCUAUAUGAUAGAUGGCCACCUCAUUACAACUAAUUGUUGCACUACUCUUACUAAAUCAGCUGCCCCCUGCAGAGAACUUCAAUGUCAUUGCCCAGGAGAAACUGGUCACUGCAACUCUCGGUAAAGCUGCCAAGUUAACUUGUUAUCUUAAUCCAGCAACUAGUGCUGAGCAUAUGGAAGUCAGGUGGUACAGAUCAGUAUUGAGACCUUACGUACAUCUUUAUGAGAAUGGAAAGAGUGACUACAACGAGCAGAUGCAAGAGUUCCAUGGGAGGACAGAACUCCUGAUGGAAAACAUCAUUAAAGGAAAUGUGACGCUCAUCAUUCAUGAUGUGAGACCUUCGGACGAAGGGCUGUACAACUGCUUUUUUGUCUCUAGUUCAUCCUAUAAUGGAGCAGAACAGGAGUUAAAGGUGAAAGCAAUAGGAUUGGAGCCUUUAACUCAUAUUGAGAAUUACCAUCAAGGUGAAAUAAUGGUAUCCUGCCAGUCUAAGGGCUGGUAUCCAGAACCUGAAGUAAUGUGGAGGCGCAGUGACGGUGCCAUUGUUCCACUAUUAAACUCUCAAGCAACAGUUGCAAAUGGCUUGUUUAACAUUGAGGCAUCCAUAAAUGUCAGCUCAGGAUUUAGAUUCACUUGUGUGAUCACUAAUACCAUAUCUAAUGAAGUAGCACAAUCAUCAAUUUCCAUAUCACGCAACAUUUUUGGCACAAUCCAACGAAGCAACACAUCUCGUUUUGUUGUACUGACUGCCUCUUUUGUUGUCACUCUUAUCUUCCUAUUGGUUUUCGUUAUUUUGUUUCAUUCUAUGGAAGAAAAAAACAAUAAGGAGAAAGAUCAAUUGACUAAGGAGAUAUAUAAAAUGACAAAGGAGACAAGGGAACUGAAAUCAGACAAUGAGUUUCUUAGGAGAAUGCUGCAGUCUAUAAAAGUGGAUAUUACCCUAGAUACAGGGUACCAUGUAUAUAAUGGACUCUGUAUAUCGUACGGUGGGAAAUCUGUAGUACAAAACCUUCCCAACAGAGAGUUUGGUGUUCUAGGUCUUCAAGAACUCACAUCGGGGAGACACUACUGGGUAGUGAACAUACUAAGGUGCUGGAAUGGGUGCAUUGUGGGAGUUGCAGACAAGUCGAAACUAAAUCCACAUUUGCACAUUCCCAGCCCCCAAAAUGGAAUUUAUGCUCUGUGGCUCUGGAGAGGAGAUUUUAAAUAUUGUAAAGCUCCAGGUGAUCCCUUAAGGAUAAUGGUAUGUUUGGAGAUUGAAAACAGGAGCAUUUCAGUGUUCUGUGGUGAAACAAAAAUGUUAAUACACAAAAGGUACUUUGGCGAAUGCUUACGAGGACGUCUGUGUCCAUUUUUCCGCUUGUCCCUGGGGGCUGAAAUCAAUUUUUUUUGAAUGUUCAGCAUUGUGUACAGAUUUUAUUUUUUAUUAUUAUUAGUUAUAUUAAGAUCAUUUUAUAAAUAAAAUAAUAUACACAUGAAA